AUGUUUGAUACUAUGGCUAUUCCGCACCUGCUAAGUACGCAGCAAGGAGACAACGCUAGUAUCGCGGAUCAAGUACAAACACUUCCUGCGGGCGCGAGCUCGCCCGGCCAGCCGCUGCCAGGCGCUCAAGCCCACCGGCAGGCUUACCUGGACGAGCAAGCAAAACGCAUUGGCAAUCUCGUUGAAUGGGACAAGCAACAAAGUACAGAAGCACUGAAAGCCGCAAGUAAGGCUCUUAUCGAAAAGCAUGAAGCCUGGUCCGAGGCUGCACGAGCCUCUGCCUGGCUUUCUCUCCAUAGCGAGGCCGAGUAUUUGGCCACCAAGCGCCCGUCCAAAUCCAUAAAACGAGACGACUCGGUGGCGGCACCCAGCCCGCGCAUGCAAGCCAAAGCCAAGACAACUGCUGCGCGCUCCAGAAGCUCCAAAUCAAACGGAACGGCAACUCCCGCAGCCAGCGCUGGUUUGGCGGAGUCUGCCUCUGAGGGCGCUUCUGCGAAAGCUAAUGGUGAAAAAGAGACGCCAUCUCGCUCACGACGCAAGCGCAAGGCUGAGGAUGAUCUUGGUCCUCGCGGGAAACUUCGCAAUUUGGCUCCCGCGAAGAACGGUGAAGAUGGAAGCCGCCAGAGCUCGGUCGAAAGUGAGUCUAGAGACGAAGCGGAUGAAACAGUCGACGGUGAUGCCGCUCAUUCCAAGAGCUCGAUCUCGGUUAUCAAAGGUACGCCCAAGCAGUACCAGACUGCCUACGAGGGUAUCUGGCGUGAUAUCGCUCGUAAAGACCUGCCAAAAGCCUACAAGAUUUAUCAAACGGCUCUUAAUAUUAAGCAAUCCAAUACCCGCAAAACUGCUGCAUUGGCAUCCCGAGAAGCUCGGCGUUGGCAAAUCAAAACCAACAAGCAGGUCAAAGAUCUACAAAGUAAGGCUCGUCGUGCAAUGCGUGAAAUGCUUGCAUUUUGGAAGCGUAAUGAACGUGAGGAGCGUGACCAACGCAAAAAGGCCGAAAAAGAGGCCUUGGAGUCGGUGCGACGACUUGAGGAAGAACGCGAAGCACGGCGGCAGGCCCGCAAGCUCAAUUUCCUCAUCACUCAGACUGAGCUCUACUCGCAUUUCGUGGGCGAUAAACUCAAAACUAGCGAAGUCGAGGGUGAUGAAGGCAGUUCUGGGACGCUCACCCCCGCAGCAGAUGCACGAGCCGCAAGCGAGACCCCGAAUGGAAUGAUCAAAGCUUCCAGCCUGGACUUUGAUGAGGCUGACGAUGAGAAUCUGUCUAUGGUGGCUCAGCAGAAUGCCCAGCAGGCAGUAAUGGCAGCCAGAGCUCGUGCUCAAGAGUUUGACGAUAACUCGGUCCGGAAAGUCGACCUUGACGAAAGCGAAAUGAACUUCCAGAACCCCACCUCUCUUGGAGACUUGACUAUUGGCCAACCGAAGCUGCUUUCAUGCCAGCUUAAGGAGUAUCAGCUCAAGGGUCUCAAUUGGUUGGCUAAUUUGUAUGAGCAAGGCAUCAAUGGUAUUCUUGCUGAUGAAAUGGGUCUUGGUAAGACUGUUCAAUCCAUUUCGGCCAUGGCAUACCUAGCUGAGACUCACAACAUUUGGGGUCCUUACCUUGUUAUUGCUCCGGCAUCAACUCUUCAUAACUGGCAACAAGAGAUCACAAGGUUCGUGCCUGAAUUUAAGGUUUUGCCAUACUGGGGUAACAACAAGGAUCGCAAGGUUUUGCGUAAGUUCUGGGAUCGUAAAAAACUACGCUAUACCAAAGAUUCGCCGUUCCAUGUUCUUGUAACCUCUUACCAACUGGUUGUGGCUGAUGCCCAAUACUUCAAUCGAGUCAAAUGGCAGUACAUGAUCCUUGACGAGGCUCAGGCUAUCAAGUCUUCAUCCUCGUCACGAUGGAAAUCAUUGUUGGCCAUGCAAUGCCGUAACCGGCUGUUACUUACCGGCACUCCCAUUCAAAACUCCAUGCAGGAGCUGUGGGCACUGCUUCAUUUCAUUAUGCCAACAUUGUUUGAUUCGCACGAGGAGUUCAGCGAUUGGUUUUCGAAGGAUAUCGAAUCGCAUGCUACCAAGAACUCACAACUCAAUGAAGAGCAGUUAAAACGUUUGCACAUGAUUCUCAAGCCGUUCAUGUUGCGUCGUGUAAAGAAACACGUUCAGCAGGAGCUUGGUGAUAAAAUUGAAAUUGACGUCUACUGUGAUCUUACCCAUCGUCAGCGCGUCAUGUAUCAAAUGCUAAAGUCCCAAAUUUCUAUCAAGGACUUGAUUGAACAGACCACAAACGAGGAUACACAGAGUCUCAUGAAUCUUGUCAUGCAAUUCCGCAAAGUUUGUAACCACCCUGACUUGUUCCAAAGGGCCGAUGUGGAAAGCGCUUUUGCAUUUGGCUCAUUUGGAAGUACGACAGACUUUGCCCGGGAAGGUGCACAGCUUGAACUGUGUUAUACGCAGCGCAAUCCAAUCAAGUUUGAGUCCCCCAAGUUCUUAUACCGGCAGAAUCUAGAAAGCAAGACUAGCAUCGAGCGCAUGCUUACCGUGUGGGAACCUCAAAAUCCAACUAUAAAAGCGGUCUCUGCAUUAACUGGAUCUACAGCCAGUCGGAUCUGCGAGGAGGCUCGAAAGGGGCUUUUGAAUCGUGCCCUAGGGCUGUACGAGCUAAGUCCCGAAGAAAAGAAGCAACAAGAGCUUUUUACUGUUGUUUCAGACUCGCUGGACUCUUCUUACCUCAUGGUAUAUGAGCGAGCCUACCAAAACAGAGUAAUCGCACCCCCCGUUCAAUACUUUGUGUCUGACCGAAGUCAUGUCUAUUCAAACAACGCUGAACUGUUCCCGGUUGAGCAGAAGUCUCUGUUUGCUCUUACUCUCAACCAAGAGUGGGCUCUUUUGAAACAAGGUGCGCCUUUCCCACCGUCAAACCUUCUCCCUCCGAACGUCAAGUCACAGAUCACCAUCCCCUCGAUGGCUCGUUUCGUUUCCGAUAGUGGUAAGCUCAAUCGACUCGACAGCCUCUUGGCAGAGUUGAAGGCUAACGAUCAUCGUGUUCUUAUUUAUUUCCAAAUGACUAAAAUGAUGGACUUGAUGGAGGAGUAUUUGACCUACCGGCAAUACAACUAUGUGCGGCUGGAUGGUUCGUCUAAGCUUGGCGAUCGCCGUGAUCUUGUCAAUGACUGGCAAACCAAGCCCGAUCUAUUUGUAUUCCUCCUAUCUACUCGUGCUGGUGGUCUUGGUAUUAACCUGACUGCUGCCGACACGGUCAUUUUUUACGAUUCGGAUUGGAAUCCUACCAUUGAUUCACAGGCUAUGGACCGCGCCCAUCGUUUGGGACAAACGCGCCAAGUCACUGUUUAUCGGCUUCUUGUUAGAGGUACUAUUGAAGAGCGUAUGCGUGAUCGAGCGAAACAAAAAGAGCAUGUCCAGCAGGUGGUCAUGGAAGGUGGUCGCGGUCAGAAUGCGGACUUCCAGAAACCUGGCCGGGAGGUCGCCUAUUGGCUGCUCGACGAUGAAGAGGCUUCUCAAGCUAUCCAGCGCCAGGAGGCCAAUGCUAAACCCAAGAAACGUGGGAAGCAGAAGGCUGCGUCUGCUGUGAAAUCUCUUGAAGAGAUGUACCACGAGCAGGAGGGAAAUUUCGAAAAUGCAUAG